GUUAGUUCCCUCCAUACCCCUGAAGGUCAUUUGCACAUCCCAUUUCCACACCCCCUCCUCUUCUCCCUUCUCCCCAUCUUUUUUGGCCACUGCUAAAACUACUAAAGAAACUCUAUUCCCGCUCUCCCGGCCCAAUGGACUGUCACUUCCCCCGCAUCUUGCAGAGUGCUAAUGCCAUUCCUUCUCUCCUGCUGCUGUUGCUGCUGCCAACAAUAACAUCUCUCUAUCUACUACUUAGCCAUUGAUCGAAUCAAUGCCUGACAACAACACUACUUCUUCCUGGCCAGUAAUAGGCUGCCACCGCUUCUCAUCCUUCCGGUCCCUUUUCACCUCUGCCGGUAAAAUGGAUAAGCCUUGUACUACUCCGACUAGUCUCUCGGAGCCUCUACUACCCAACACCAUCAAUACUACUACUAUUACUACCCGCCAACCAUACUCACCAUCACAACCACAACAACAACAACAACCAGACCUAUUCGCAUCCAAAAUAUCCAAACCACUCCUCCACUCACCACCAAUAUCCGAACCAGAAACACCCACCGAAAACAAAACCGCCUCUUUCAUCUGGGAAGACAUCAACCCCCCAGCCGAAUACUACCUUGCCGACAAAUCAACAUCAACACCACCCUCACCACCCCCAACCUACACAUUCUUCCAACAAGACCAACAACGACAACAACCAUCACCACAAGACAAAGAAGCUAUGAUCGACACAACCACCAGAUCCAUCCCCGUCUCCCCCCUCCCAGGCUACAACGACGUCAGCGGCGCCGUCAUCGUCGACUACGACGGCUUCCCGCACUUCCUUUCCCCCCAGGAAGAAGAGGAAAGGAAAAUGAAGCUCCAGCGCGCCGUACAGGAGAAAAUGCUCGGCUUACCGAGGCAGACUAGCUUCGAGUGGGAAAGACCCCUGUCUGCUGGGUCAGCCGCCGGGUGGUUGCCGAGGUAUUCGCCUGCGAAGAAGGGAGCGCAGCGGUGAUACCUGUCCCUACUGGACCAUUGCGCGUUCAUUCUAUUACCGAGUUGACGGUUGGACUGUAUGCUGAGUAUUGAUUUGUCUGUUGAUGGAUCGAGAAGCAUACGUGCUUACCGGCUGCUUUGCGCUCGAUAGGGGAGUUCGUGGGGAAUGUUCGUGCAAGAGGAUAUAUCCGAAGGUGUGAUUACUCACUACCUUACCUAUUGCGCUGCAGCAAAGCAUUACGAUUAAUAAAUUAUGACCGAUACGACGAUUCCCAAGAGGGAGAAGAACAGAAGACAGACAAAUGUCGGGGAAGUCGAACCAAACUGUGACUUUUGUUGUUGUGUUGUGUUGUUGUGUACCAAUCCCACAUACCAUACAUAGUAAUCAAUCCAAGCU